UCCACCCAGUCCCAGGACCCCCAGUUUAUACCAGGGUGGCAACUGUGAGAGAAUGGCGGCGGCACCAUGGGAGGACUGUUUCCAGCAGGCCUUGCCGGAGAAACGUCCAGCGCUGAGUGGGGCAGGAGGGCGCUCCAGGAAGCCAGCAGAGCAGAAUGUGGUCCACCUCCCACCCAUGCUGCGUCUUCUGCAGAAGAGACAAGAGGUAGUGGCUGCGGACCAGGAGCUGAGGGCCCAGAAGGAGGCGUUCCACACCCGGAUGGCCGCCCUGAGCCAGCGCUGGGAACAGCUGGAGCAGAAAGAGCAGGAACUACAGGGGUCCUUCAUGCAUUUUGACAAGUUCCUGCAGGAAGCCGAAGCCCGGCGCAGCCGAGCAAAGCGGAGGGCGGUGGAGGAGCAAAUGCAGGCGGGCCGCCUGGAGGAGGAGGCGCGGCGGCUGCGCGCACAGCUGGAGGAGCUGCGACGGGAGCGCGCGCGGUUGCAGCAAAGGGUGCAGCGCCUGGAGCCCUGCGCGCGUCUGCUGGAGCGGGCGCUGGAGCAGAUGCCGGAGUUUCAGGAGGUCCCCGAGCUGGUGGCGCGCUUCGACGGCCUGGCGGACACGCGCACGGCGCUGCAGCGCGCGGAGGGCGCGCGGCGGGCGGAGCUGGAGGCGGCGCGCGCGGGGCUGCGGCGGCUGCGGGCCGAGGGGCGGGACGAGCUGCUGCGCCUGGGCCGGCGGCGCGCGCGGCUGCAGGAGCGGCUGGAGGCGGCGCGAGCGCUCACGCGGCAGUGGGAAUCCAAGUGGACGCAGAUCCUGAACACCGCGGCCGAGAAGACGCUGCUUCUGGGGCGCACGCGCAUGGCUGUGCUCAACUUGUUCCAGCUAGUGCGCAUGCGCCAGAGGCAGCCACUGGCCCUGGACGUGGAAGAUACCGAAGGACAGCUGGAGCAGGUGAAAUUAUUCAUCCUGGAUCUCUCAGCCACAUUGGCCAGCCUCCCUCAGACCCAGCUUGUGGCCUCUGCCUCCUAGCUUGAGCCCAGACAGCAGAGCCUGCCUCAGGACCCAGGAAGGACCACAGUGCACUCAAUGCUUUCCAGUUGGACACCACAGCUUGGAUCUUCCUCCCUGGGUGUGAUGGUUUAUAUCCACUGUCAACUAGACAGGACCAAGGGAUUGUCUAGAUUAGAUUAGGCUGGCCUCUGGGCAUGCCUGUGAAAGUACCUAGAUUAGGUUGAAGUGAGAAGGCCUUCUUCAACUCUGGGCAGCACCAUCCCAUGGGCUGAGGUCCUGGACUGUAGAGAGCUGGCAAAGCUGAGCACCAUUCCUCACUGCUGAAUGUGACCUGUGCCUCGAUCCGUCACCAUGCCUCCCAUGCCACGGACUGUAACCUUGCACUGUAAACUCAAUUAACCUUCAAGCCCCCUCAAACUGACUUUUGUCAGUUUUGGCCCAGCAAUGAGAAGAUAAUUAAAAACACUGAGUCUCUCCCUUCCAAUGCCCCCAAGCAAACUCCA